AUGAAGUUCACCGGUGCCGCUCUCAUGGGCUUCUUGGGCUGCGCCCUUGCUGUCCCUCACGUCGCUCUGUCCAGCUCGACCCCCGUCAGCUCUUCCUCUGUGGCCUCUUCGUCCUUCUCUUCGACCGCCACCCCGACCCCCAGCGCCCUCAUCGGUAUCCCCGCUGAGAAGCGUGAGUGGCCUCACCACCACCCUUACGGCCCUUACCCUGGCAGCCCCUUCGGUAGCAGCAGCUCCGGCCUGAGCUCUUCUGCUACUCCUACUCCUUCUGGCUUCCCCGGCUUCCCCGGCUUCCCUGGAGGGUUCCCCGGUGGCUUCCAGAAGCGUGCCGUCGCUACCAGCUCUGCUAGCUCCUCCGGUGUCAGCUCCACCGCUACUCCUACUCCCACCUCUACUCCUCUGGGCUUUCCCUUCCCCGGAUUCGCCGGAGGUCUCCCUGGCGGCUACCACAAGCGUGCCGUUGCCACCAGCUCUGCUAGCUCCUCCUGGGUCUCCUCGUCGACUCCGGCCUCUUCUUCCACCCCCGUCCCCGUCUUCACCAUCUUCUAA